AUGGGCGCUCUCUUCAUCUCCUUCGCCACUCUCCGUGUGCUCGUCAUCUUCUUCAUGACCGUCACCAUGGGCCUCAUCGGCUCCUUGAUGGCCCACCAGAGCUACGGCACUCCCCAGAUCAACUUCAUGAUCUUCGCCUCCAUCUGGGGCCUCCUCUUCUCCGGCCUCUUCGGCGUCUUCUGCCUCUUCGUCUCCAUCCUGGCCUUCCCCAUCGUCCUCCUCAUCCUCGACUUCCUCACCCUCGUCUUCUCCUUCGCCGGUGCCACCGCCCUCGCCGUCCUCAUCCGCGUCCACUCCUGCACCGACGAGUCCUUCCUCAAGUCCAACCGCGUUAUGGAGGGCUCCACCGACAGAUGCCGCAAGGCCCAGGCCUCGGAUGUCUUCAUGUACUUCACCUUCAUCUGCUCGCUCGUCCUCGUCAUCCUCCACGUCUCGUCCGGCUUCCGCAACGGCUGGGGUGGUGCCACUAAGUCCGUCCCCGCUCCUGCCCGUCCUACCAUGGCCCAGGUCUAA